GAGCUCGCGCUGAGGGUUAGUUCAAGACGAGUUGCACGAGAACACAGUGGGACUUUACACUGAGGACACAUUUACAUAUUUAUAUUUUAUAACUCAGAUUUUGGAUAAUCUCAAACCUGAUCACUGGAAUAAUGAAGUCUCCAAAGCUGAAGCCUCAAGCCAAGUUGCUGCAUGAGGAUCUGACGGACGUGCUGUGUGAGUUUGACGCGGUGAUGGAGGACUUCACGUCGCCGGUGGAGAAACGUCACUUUCGGUACGAUGAACACCUGAAGACGAUGAAGAGGAGGAGCAGCGCGAGCGUGAGCGACAGCGGCAUCAGCGACUCAGAGAGUGAGUGGCAGAAACCCGUUAGAAAGUGUGUGUUAGUCAGCGAGGGGAGGGAGGAUUGUCCUGUCAGAUAUACUCUGUGGAUCAUGCGAUGACACACAGGCCACUGUGGAUGAAGUCAGAGAUGUGUUUGGAAGUCCUAAAUCAUGUCAAGUUACAGAAAGCUUGUUUAAAAUGUAUUUCUAUAAGUGCAAUGACACAUAUGAGACUUCAGAAGGGGGAUCAGGCAAUGCAGAUUCAAGAUUCAAAAGCUUUAUUGACAUAUGCACAAUAGGUACAGUCCCAGGCGUCUUUACUUCAGACAAAUAAGUAUAAAAAUAGGAAUAAAAUGUAGUCAAAUUAGUAAUAAAUUCACUAUGUAAAAAAGGAUAAAAUACAAGCAGAAUGUAAAAUACUGAACAGUGGAAUUAAAUACUGCUAAUUGUAAUGAGACAUUUUAGAGUUUCUGUAUCUGUCACUCAUGGCUGACGGUCUGAAGUAGUUUGCCAUGUCAUACGAUCAUAGAGAUCCGUCUUAUUUAUCUAUAACUCACUGACUCCUCCUCUGUACUGCUUCUCCUCCUCUGUACUGCUUCUCCUCCUCUGUACUGCUUCUCCUCCUCUGUA